UUUCGGCGGGCGUUUGUAUCUUCUUCGCCGCACCACAAUGUUCUCCACCGCCAGUCUCGCCGCCGUCGACAAGCCUUUCUUCUGCCACCAGUGUGAUCGCGCCGUUACUGUUAUUCUAUCCCCCUCUUCGGAUCCUCUGUGUCCGUUUUGUAAUGAGGGGUUUCUUGAAGAGUAUGAGAAUUCCAAUUCCAACUCGAAUGUCAAUCUUGAUCGCGGAACACUUCUCCUUCCCGAUCCUUUCCGUGGUUUUAAUCCUCUUGUUGUUUCCUCUUCGACGGUUGUUGAUCUUCAAAACCCUGGUUUAUUUUCGAGAACUUUAAGUUUGGCUUCCCAAUCCAAUUCGUCAGUUCAGCCUGAGCAGUAUGACCCCUUUGUUUUUCUUCAGAAUCAUCUACGGGGCAUCUUCGAUAGUGGUGCGGAUGUUGUGUUUGAAAUUCCGCGCCAUGCUUCCCACUCUGGCUUUUCGAUGCCUCAAAAUGUUGGCGAUUACUUCAUUGGACCAGGCCUUGAGCAGCUCAUUCAGUUACUGGCUGACAAUGAUCCGAACCGAUAUGGAACUCCGCCGGCUUCUAAAUCGGUGAUUGAGAAGCUUCCGAAUGUGACUGUUACAGAGGACCUUCUGAAUUCGGAAAUGAACCAGUGUGCCGUCUGCAUUGAUGGGUUUGAAAAAGAUACUGAGGUUAAGCAGAUGCCCUGCAAGCAUGUAUUUCACGAUUAUUGUAUAUUGCCUUGGCUUGAAUUGCAUAAUUCAUGCCCUGUUUGCCGGUUCGAGUUGCCUACAGAUGAUUCUGAUUACGAGAAUCGGACUCGUGGAAGCCAGGUGCAGGCGAAUGAAUCUUCCGGAGAAGAAUCAGGGUCAGGAAACAGAGGAAGCAAUAGGGGUCGUGUUGAGAGGAGGUUUAGAGUUCCGCUAUGGUGGCCGUUUGGGGGGCGGAACGAUGGGAAUGACUCCGGCGAUGGGAAUGUCAGCGAAUGAGCGGGUGGGGUGCAGGACUAAUUCUGAAUAUGUUCUGGAACCAGGAAUCUAUGUUGAGGUUGUCUCACAGAUUUAGAAGCAAUUUCCGUUAGGAAAAUACAUAGAAAAGUUGGUGGUCUUAGCAGUCUUUCUUUGUUUUUUCUGUUACUAAGGAAUCAUUAUGUACAGAUGCGUUCAUUUUGGAUGACAUUUCUUCUCAAAUCUCUGGUUUGGCUUCAUAGCUUUGAUGAAGAUCCGAAGCAAUUAGUUAUAUGU